GUAUCGACCGAAAUCAUAUGAUUGUCGAGGGCGUAGCAUUAUUAAAUCUACCAGUGACCAAGAUUAGUGUAAUUGUCGUGAGGUUACUUUGCCAAAGAGCAAAGUAACAAAUUUAUUAAUACCAUGAAAGUAUGUGGUCCGAAAUAUGCCCUAUGCGGCUUAGUACUUUCUGUAUGGGGUAUAUUCCAAUUGGUCCUGAUGGGAAUAUUUUUCUAUAUAAAAAGCGUAGCUCUGGUAGAAGAUUUGCCCUUAGAAGGAAAAUAUUUUUCUAGUAAGGAUGAAUUUUAUACGGAAGCAGAAAGGGGCUAUACGCAAAAUGCAUAUAAUUGCUGGAUUGCAGCAUGUAUUUACGUUCUUACAUUCUUAUUCUCCGGAUAUCAGUUUUAUUUAAAUUCACGAUCCUCCCUUAGUGUUUAAGAAUAUAUUGUAAAUGAAGUAACAAUGCUGUUAUAGAGUAAUAUAAUGUACUUGUAUCAAGUGAUUUAUUAUCCAAAUUAUAUUAUAUUCUAUUUAGAAAAACAGAAAAUAUCAAGAAGAACAAUAAUUUGAUUACGCUGUUAUGAACAUCUAAUUUUAAAAUACAUUCCAAGUUUACCAAAUAAUGUACAAAAUUGAUCCUGUAUAUGCGUGUUGUAAUUACAUUUUAUUGUGUAUUAAAAAAUGGAUAUUAUAAGUUAUAGGCCAUUUUUUCCAAGAUUUACAAUACAUAUGUAAAAUGUGAUAAAUUACAAAUUCGUAUUUUAUCUGGUAUAUCAACUAUUGUAAUGUAAAUAUACGUAAAUAAUACAAUUUUUGUUGUUGUA